GCUUUGAAUGCCAUUUCUCGACGCACUCUCUGUCUGUCACCAGCCCCCACGACCGAUGGAAAUUUCGCUUGUGAAGCAGCGCAGCCGGUCUGCGGACCACCCGCAGUUGGACCCUUUGGAUGCCGCCGCCAUGGGCGUCCGCCCGUACGGCACCGUCGUGGCGGUGGCCAUGACUCUGAACUACAUGAUCGGCACGGGGUGCUUUGGACUUCCCUUUGCGUUUGCGUCCGCCGGGCUGGGCCUCACCACCAUCUUCCUCGUGCUUGGAUUCGUGGGAGCGCUCAUCACGAUGAACUACACGUUGGAAACCAUGGCCCGUGCCGAAGGUGUCGUGUCCGCGCCCAAGGGAACGCUGCCAGACAACCGCCUCACGUACCGCAAGAUCGACUUCAGCGUGAUCGGCGACAUCUUUGCCGGGAGCAUGGGAUACAGCAUCGUGCAGACGGUGCUGGUGCUCUACUGCCUUGGAUCCCUCUGGUCUUACGCGUCCAUCUUUGCGUCGUCCAUCGCGUCCAUGGUGUUCACGUACGCGUGGGACGACUCGUGCGAUGCGUACGCGCUCGACGCGACCGUCGCAUGCGUCGACAUGUACUACGUCAGCAUGGUGCUCUUCUCUGUGGUUGCGAUCUCGAUGGUGCUCAUGGAUCUGGGAGACCAAGCCACGAUCCAGAAAUUCCUGUCCGUGUACCGCAUCGUCGCGCUCUUUGUGAUGCUUGUGACGCUGCUCAUCAAGCUUACGUACGACGUCGUCGCAGACCGCGUGGCAUCCCGCGAAGCAUGGGCGUUCAACUGGCACAACUUCAGCGCCGGGUUCGGCCCGACCCUGUUGGCGCUCAACUGCCAGUACAACAUGCCCGAUGCGCUGCAACCGCUGCACGCGACGGAGAAGUCCAAGGCCCGCUUGAUCACAUUUGGCGCGAUGACCAUUUCCGCCGUGUUCUACCUGCUGCUGGGGGUGCUAGGCGCCAUCUCGUUCGACACGGUGAACCCGCUGGCGAGUUUGAUGUGGAGCGACUUCACGGGCUGCGGCAACGGAUGGACAGCAUGUCCAUCUGGCAAGCCGACGUGGAUCGGAUCGAUCGUGCACAUUGUGGUUCUCAUGUUCCCCGUGGUGAAUGUCACGUCCACGUACCCCAUGGUGGGGCUGACUGUGGGCGGCAACAUUUUGACGUCGCUGCCCAAGGCAUGGACGGCGCCGUUGGGUCCGUCCCGCGCCCGCACCUUGUCGCGCCUGAUCGCGGCCGUGCCGCCGCUGGUCCUUGCGGCUAUCUUCAAGAAACUGGACGCGAUUUUCACCUUUGCUGGCUUCUUUGGGUUUGCGCUCGGCCUCAUCAUCCCGUGCUGGUUCCAAGUGAUCGGCAUCAAGUACUGCGAGCGCACGUUUCACUCGGACCUGGCGGUCCUGACUCCAUAUGGCCUGCCGUUGGUCAGCUCCACGACGUUCUCCACAGUGUUCUUGUACUUGACGUUCGUGGUCACGAUCGCCGCCCUGGUGUCGCUCGCAUUUUAGAUAGAUUUCCUCCGAUUCAUUCUACUAAUACUACUAAUCAACAUCUAGUACUACUAAUCAAC